AUGUCCGGUAGAGGAAAAGGAGGAAAAGGUUUAGGAAAGGGUGGUGCCAAGAGACACAGAAAGAUCUUGAGAGAUAACAUUCAAGGUAUUACCAAACCAGCUAUUAGAAGAUUAGCCAGAAGAGGUGGUGUUAAACGUAUUUCUGCUUUAAUUUAUGAAGAAGUUAGAGUUGUCUUAAAACAAUUCUUAGAAAAUGUUAUUAGAGAUGCUGUUACUUAUACUGAACAUGCUAAGAGAAAGACUGUUACUUCUUUGGAUGUCGUCUAUGCCUUAAAGAGACAAGGUAGAACCUUAUAUGGUUUCGGUGGUUAA